CGCACUGACUACACGGAAGUUUUGAACAUCAAGCUUCGUAACUAGUACCUGAAAUUUACAGUGUAUAAUCAGGCAAUAUUUGUUCUCUACUAAUGAUCGAAGACAAAUUUCUGUUUGGUUUUACUGUUUUUCUAUACAACCAUAAAUACAAUAGGUUGACAGGCAAGAAUAGGUCAAAUGUGGGUCAUUUUAGGUCGGCCAUAAACACGAAAGCGGUGACAGUUUUUCCGUACACAACAGCGCGAGAGUCGUGCUGCCAUGCCACCCGCUGAAGCAGCGCCUAAGAAAAAACACGUUCGUUUCGCUAGGAUGGAAGACGGCAUUGACCACGACGAUCAGGAAGAGGAUACGCUUUUCGACAAGCGUCAAGACGUUAAGAAGGGGCUGAAAAGCGCUCUGAAGGGGGGUAAAGGGGUACUGAACCCUGGGUCUGAUCAGGUUGCUGUAGUUCGUCCCGGACGAAGCCAGCGCAAUACUGGAGCGUUCUGGCGAUGGCUGGUCAGCCUUGCGCUUUGCGCAUCGUUUCUCGGGCUGGGAAUGGCCAUCUCUGUAUUGGGCCCUACCUUUGAAGACCUGGCUAUCAAUGUCAACAAGAACAUCAGUAAUUUAUCCUAUAUAUUCGUGGGUCGUUCAUCGGGAUACAUCGGAGGUUCCCUGUUAGGAGGGAUCCUGUUUGACUGUGUGAAUCCCCACCUGCUUUUGGGCUUCUCGUUGUUAAUCACAGCAUUUGGGAUGUCUGGUACUCCUUUCUGUAAAAAGGCUUGGCUGCUCACUGUUUUGAUGUCCGGUGUGGGGGUGUCAAUGGGAGUUUUAGAUACAGGCGGUAAUGUUCUCAUACUGAAUACAUGGGGAGAACAAGCUGGACCUCACCUGCAGGCUCUGCAUUUUAGCUUUGCUGCUGGAGCCUUUGUCUCUCCAAUCAUAGCCAAGCUGCUUUUCGGCCACGGUUCCGACAAUGCCUCCAGUUACAGUACUGGUCUGCCAUUAUCCAUUUCAACGAGCACUACUCUAACAUCCAUGACGGCCUACUUUGUGAUUGGUGCUUUUGUUUUAUUGGUGUCACUCAUCUUUUUUCUGUACUCCUGCACUUCCCCCAACUCAGAUAAGACAAAAACACCUUCAGGAAAGCAGCUGUUCUCCAAACGCCAUAACAUACUCAUAUUCCUGCUGUCCUUGUUCUUUUUUUUCUAUGUUGGAAGUGAGGUGGCGUAUGGUUCCUUUAUAUUCACCUAUGGCAAGGACUAUGUUCAUAUGAAGCCAGCUGAGGCAGCAGGACUGAAUUCACUCUUCUGGGGAACGUUCGCAGCCGGUCGUGGUCUGGCCAUAUUCUUUGCAGCUUGUCUGCACCCAGGCAUCCUGAUCUUACUGAGUCUAGUGGGCACCACAGUUUCUGCGCUCCUGCUGUGUCUUUUUAGCCGAAAUUCCCCUAUGCUCUGGACGUGCACUGCUAUAUAUGGUGUCUCUAUGUCUACCACCUUUCCAAGUGGAAUUUCAUGGGUUGAGCAGUACACGACUGUGACAGGGCGGUCAGCUGCAGUGUUUGUGGUGGGUGCAGCUCUUGGAGAAAUGGUUCUGCCAGCUCUGCUGGGCUUCUUACUGGGGCAGUUGCAGGAUCAGCCAUUGCUGAUGUACCUGGCACUUGGCACAUCUACCUUUACUUCUAUCUUGUUCCCCGUCUUGUACAAAUUAGCGUCACCAGGAGGGGACGCCACUUUGCGGAAAACACCAGGGAAACGUACCAAGGAUACUGAUGACAGUGAGUACAGCCAAGCACUGCUGGACAAUGCGGAGGAAGAAGAGGAGCAGGAAAAUGAAAGUGAAGCUGACCAGUGGAAUGAUGCAGACUUUGAGGUGAUAGAGAUGGAUGAUGCCAGCCUAUUGAGCUCUCCUUCUAAAGCCUCAGUGCCACCUGAUGUUGCAGCCAGUGCACUUGCUGCCCAAUCAGUGGCCGCCCCAUUGUCGGCACCCUCGAGAGACCCCACAACCCUGGCCUCUCUGUCUAACACAUUGCCCUUCUCCACAGACUCUCCCAGACGCAAGCUAUUAAUGUCCCUCAACAGGGAGAAGAAAGACUAAUAUGUUGCCCAAUGAGGUCACAAACUUCAGCCUUUAGCCAGGAACUGAGAAGUGGCUGCUUUUUUUUUUCCUUUGGUGAAAAGAUCACACUAGCCAGUUGUUUUGGUACUUUCUAAAUGACAACAGCAUGUUUGAUGUUCAUUACAUAAAACCCACACCAAGCCUUCCUGCUCUCCACUGUACAGGAUUAUCUUGAAGUGUAAUUAGCAUAUUGUAUAUUAAUUGAGAAUUGUCCUGUUAUUUCAGAUCAGCCCAAUUAUUGGACACCACCGUAUACUAGGAUUAUUAUAGGAUAUUGAACUAUAUCUCUCCUCUGAUUUGCCUCAGAUUUGCUCUCAUAUGUUGUUGUUGAUUAAUUGACUAUAAAGUAUUUUGUACAAUGGUAACCAGCACCAUUCACUAGUUCAUGAAAUUCUGCAUUUUUUUUGUCAGAAUGAAUGUACAAAAUUACAUUAAUAAUACUUUGAUGCUGAAGUCCUUGCCUUUCAUGUUUACAAAAUAUUUAUUUUCUUUUUUCAAAUCAUACUGAAUGAUUGUCGACUAAUAAAUAUUAACACAUUAUGGUUUAAAUUUGUCCUGAAAAACCUUAAGUGACAUGGUCAUUUCUGUUGGUCAUUUUGGGGAGCCCUUUUUAUCAUGACUUGAUGAUCUUAUGUGUUUGAGGCCACACUCAACAUGACUGUAUAAACAUCAAAUAUCUACAGUGCAGCUGUUUGGACACGGCCCGUGAUUAGAGACAGGAGGGGGUGUUCUGCUGUCCUCAAAUUGAACAGCAGGGACACUGGGCAUCUUUUAUUGGGUUUUGAGUCAGUAGUAAAGUCUCAUUACUAUCCCAAGUUAUUGUAACUGUGACCUUAUUUUCAUAUCACCUGUAAAUUGUUAGUGUUUUACUGACUGUUCCACAGGUGCAUGUGUAAUAAUUGUUUAUGUAUGACUGAAGCAUGAAAAACAUUGUUUAAACCCUUACCAAUAAAGAUCUGUAGAGCUUA